UGUACGGACUUCCCCAGCGCCACCCCAUGUUCCGGUGUUUCCUUCCCUGACAGAGGACUGGGCCCCGGCUCCGGACCUGGCGAUGCAGACAUGCUGGCCCUGCUGCUGCUGCCCCUGCUGUGGGGGGGGUCCCUGCAAGACACAGGGUACCAGCCGCAAGUGAAGAAGUCAGUGACGGUACAAGAGGGCCUGUGCGUCCUCGUGCCCUGCUCCUUCUCCUACCCACCCUGGACUUCGUGGUAUGCCUUUAACCCAGUCUACCUCCACUGGUUCCGGGAUGAGGACAGGAUAUACUAUAAUGAUGUUGUGGCCACAAACAAGCCAAACAGAGCAGUGAAGACAGGCACCAAGGGCCGAUUCCUCCUCCUUGGGGACGUCAGGACCAGAAACUGCUCCCUGAGCAUCAGAGACGCCAAGAUAGAGGACACAGGGACCUACUUCUUCCAAGUGGAGAGUAGCAAUUCUGCAAAACAUACUUACGAAAACGAUAAGCUGUAUCUGCAGGUGACAGCCCUGACAGAGAAACCCGACAUCCACUCUCUGGAGCCUGUGGAGUCCGGCCGCCCCACAAACCUGAGCUGCAGCCUGCCAGGAUCCUGCGAAGGGGGACGGCCUCUCACAUUCUCCUGGACGGGGGCUGCCCUCAAGUCCCUGGACCCCGACACCCUUCACUCCUCGGCAAUCACCUUCACCCCGAGGUCCCAGGACCACGGCACCAACCUCACCUGUCAGGUGAAACUCCAAGGAAGUCAUGUGACCACAGAGAGAACUGUCCAGCUCAAUGUCUCCUAUGCUCCACGGAACCUCACCAUCAGCAUCUUCACAAAUGGCACAGUCUGUCUCCCCAAAGCCCUCCAGAUCACGCAAAACACCUUGUCCCUCCCCAUCCUGGAGGGCCAGGCUCUGCAGCUGCUCUGUGCUGCUGACAGCAACCCCCCUGCACAGCUGAGCUGGUUCCAGGGGACCCCAGCCCUGAAUGCCACCCCCAUCUCCAAUACCGGGAACUUGGAGCUGCCCCGAGGGGUGUCUGCAGAAGGAGGAGAAUUCACCUGCCAGGCCCAGCACCCCCUGGGCUCCCUGAACUUCUCUCUGAGCUUCUCUGUGCACUACCCUCCGCAGCUGCUGGGCCCCUCCUGCUCCUGGGAGGCCGAGGGGCUGCUGCGCUGCAGCUGCUGCUCCCGAGCCCGGCCGGCCCCCUCCUUGCGCUGGCGGCUCGGGGAGGGGCUGUGGUUGGGGAACGGCAGCCAUGGCUCCUUCAGGGCCACCCCCAGCUCAGCCGGGCCCUGGGCCAACAGCUCCCUGAGCCACCAAGGGGAGCUCAGCUCUGGCCUCAGGCUCAGCUGCGAGGCCUGGAAUGCCCAUGGGACCCGGAGCGGCACCGUCCUGCUGCUGCCAGGGAAAUCAGUCUUGGGGGCUGGAGUGGUUUCUGCGGCCCUUGCAGGUGCUGGUGCCAUGGCCUUGUUCUCUGUCUGUGUGUGCCUCAUCUUCUUCUGCAUCAUGAAGACCCGCAGGAAGCAAGCAGCCAGGAGACCAGAGGGAAGGGAUGAUGACCCUGUUAUGGGCACAGCUGCCUGGGGUUCCAGGCAAAAGCCCUGGCCAGACAGCCCUCCAGAGCAAGACUCCCCGGCAGGGGACACCCAGCCCUCGGGAGAACAGGAGCUCUAUUACGCCUCCGUCAGCUUUCAGGAGAUGAAGGUAAAGGAGCCUCAGGACCAGAAGGCCAGAAACACCACAGAAUACUCAGAGAUCAAGACAAGCAAGUGAGGACUCGCCCAGAACUCAGUCCUGGCAGGAGGAAUCACAGCUUGUGUGGGGGAAAGGACCAGUUAGGGUCCUUUGUUGAAGCACAAAGAGCCCUUGUGACAAUACUAACAUUAACUACUGUAUGAGUGUUCCCAGGUAGAGCAGAACGAAGACAGUUGAUGGAAUUAGAGAGAUGGGCUCAAACUCAGGCUCCAGCACUUUAUAAGGCAUUGUUAUCAAGCAAUUCACUUCCUCUCUCUGGGCCUCAAUUUCCUGUCCUGUAAAUCAGAGAUCAUGUGUCUUACCUGAAAGAUUGUUGUAAACAUUAAAGAAAUCAACACAUGGAAAUCAA